AUGGCCUACUCUCCGACAGCCUGCCUGGUGGUCACCAUCGUGCUGCAGGUCCUCGUCCUGGUUGCAAUCGCGCUGCGGCUCUAUGUGCGAGCUGGUGUAAAGGGGAAUAUCGCAGCGGAUGAUUACAUGGCUGUUUUGGCAACUGUGCGCAGCAACCUUUCCCGGCCCCCCCUCUUCAGCUUUAUACUUUCUAUGCUAAACACUCGCCCGUUCCUCAAGGCUUCCUACGCAGGUCUUUCGAUCCUAUCUAUCAUUGCCAUGGCAAACCAGGUUGCCUCAUCAGGAGGCCAUCAAGAGAUUGUUCAACUACUCUUGGACAAGGGAGCAGAUGUCAAUGUGCAAGGUGGCAAUGCUCUCCAGGCCGCUUCAGCACGAGGCUAUCAAGAGAUUGUUCAACUACUCUUGGACAAGGGAGCAGAUGUCAAUGCGCAAGGUGGCGAAUAUGGGAAUGCUCUCCAGGCGGCCUCAGAGGGACGCCACGAAAAGAUCGUCAAACUGCUCAAAAAAAGGGGCGCCACCACCUCGUUCCCAAAGCGGCCCCGCUCUACGACGGCAACCAACCGAGCAAAGAAACUUCGUCUUUCUGCAUCUUCUGAAUAG